CCGGCAGUUGGACGUUCGAACGAUCUCGUCGACUGCCCCGCGUUAGGCUGGACGUCUGGUGAUAUAUCGGCUUCGGCAGUUAGGUUCUUCCAGUAGCUGUGAAGAUGGGCGGCCUAUUACGUAGCGAGGAGAUGACUCUUUGCCAACUGUUCCUUCAGUCCGAAGCAGCUUACGGCUGCGUGUCCGAGCUAGGAGAGUUGGGCUUGGUCCAGUUCCGAGAUCUCAACCCUGACGUCAACGUUUUCCAACGAAAGUUCGUCAACGAGGUUCGUCGCUGCGAUGAAAUGGAGCGGAAACUACGAUUUCUGGAGAAGGAAAUAAAAAAGGAUGGCAUCCACAUGCUGGACAUCGGCGACAACCCAGAGGCGCCACAACCCCGAGAGAUGAUCGACUUGGAGGCCACAUUUGAGAAACUUGAGAAUGAAAUGAAAGAGGUAAACACCAAUGCCGAGGCUCUGAAGAAGACCUACCUCGAGCUCACUGAGCUGAAGCACAUUCUGCGUAAAACUCAGGCCUUCUUUGAUGAGGUGGAAUUUCAUCACCGUGCACAGAUGCACGACCAGAGCACCCAGGAAGAGCACGUCAUGCUGCUGGGAGACGAGGGCCUCAGGGCUGGCGGACAGGCCCUCAGGCUCGGGUUCGUGGCCGGUGUGGUGCUGCGGGAGCGGCUGCCUUCCUUCGAGCGCAUGCUGUGGCGCGUGUGCCGCGGGAACGUGUUCCUCCGCCAGGCCGCCAUCGAAACCCCUCUGGAGGACCCAGUCACCGGUGACCAAGUCUACAAGACGGUCUUCAUUAUCUUCUUCCAAGGGGAGCAGCUGAAGACGCGAGUCAAGAAGAUUUGUGAAGGGUUCCGUGCUACACUUUAUCCAUGCCCUGAGACCCCGGCAGACAGGCGGGAGAUGUCCAUUGGCGUGAUAUCCCGCAUUGAAGACCUCAACACAGUUCUGGGCCAAACACAGGACCAUCGUCACAGAGUGUUAGCAGCUGCGGCCAAGAACAUCAAGAACUGGUUUGUGAAGGUCCGCAAGAUCAAGGCCAUCUACCACGCCCUGAACCUAUUCAACUUGGACGUGACACAGAAAUGUCUCAUAGCCGAGUGCUGGUGUGCUGUCUCCGACCUUGAGAAGAUCCAGAUAGCCCUGCACCGAGGCACGGAUCGUGGUGGCAACACAGUGCCGUCUAUCCUGAACCGCAUGGAGACCAAGGAGACCCCGCCCACCUAUAACCGCACCAAUCGCUUCACUGUGGGAUUCCAGAGCAUCGUUGAUGCCUAUGCUGUGCCAAGUUACCGGGAGGUGAACCCAGCCCCGUUCACAAUCAUCACGUUUCCAUUCCUGUUUGCUGUGAUGUUUGGAGAUGCUGGCCACGGUACCCUGAUGUUCCUCUUUGCACUGUGGAUGGUUCUCAAGGAGAAAUCCCUGCAGGCUCAAAAGUCUGACAAUGAGAUCUGGAACACUUUCUUUGGUGGCCGAUACAUCAUCCUGCUUAUGGGGGCCUUCAGCAUCUACACCGGCGUCAUCUACAAUGACACCUUCUCGAAAUCCUUCAACAUCUUUGGCUCGUCCUGGUUUGUUCCAAAGAAGGUGGAUUAUAACGAGAAUGAGCAGCUGGACCCAGUAGACAACUACUUGGGAUCGCCUUACCCUUUUGGCGUGGAUCCUGUGUGGCAGGUGGCUACCAACAAGAUUCCUUUCACCAACUCUUACAAGAUGAAGAUGUCCAUUGUGCUUGGUGUGUCGCAGAUGCUUUUUGGAGUUUUUCUCAGUCUUUGGAACCACAGGUUCUUCCGCAACAUUGCCAACGUGUGGUGUGAGUUUGUGCCUCAGCUGCUGUUCCUGUGUUCCAUCUUCGGCUACCUCGUGAUCAUCAUCUUUGCCAAGUGGACCAUCAACUUUGGAAAGGACACGUUCUGUGCUCCCAGCCUCCUGAUCGCGCUCAUCAACAUGUUUCUCUUCUCCUACCCAACCGAGCCUUGCUACCAGGCACAGUUCUACAAUGGACAGAAAGGCCUGCAGAGCUUGCUGGUCUUUGUGGCCUUGAUUUGCAUCCCGUGGAUCCUGCUUGCCAAGCCCUUCUAUCUGCGCCACAAGCACAAGAUGGCAAUGAGCGCCAGGGCUGGCCGUCCAAACACGAUGGCUGUUGCCUCCAGCUCGUCUCAUCACGACCCAAAGGACGCCGAAGAAGGGGCAGUGGCCAAUGCGACAUCAGAGCCACCCAAAGCUGUUGGUGGAGGCGGCCACGGUGGAGGAGCCCACGGCGGUCACGGCAACGAGUUGGGUGAAUUUGAUUUUGGCGACACCUUCAUCAACCAGACGAUCCACACCAUCGAGUACUGCCUGGGUUCUGUGUCGCACACUGCUUCCUACCUCCGACUUUGGGCUCUGAGCCUGGCUCAUGCACAGCUGUCGGAGGUGCUGUGGAACAUGGUCCUGAAGAAUGGCCUCAUGCCCAUCAGUGUGGUCGGGGGCUUUGUGAUGUACUUCACAUUUGCCGCCUGGGCGUUCCUCACCGUGGCUGUGCUGCUCAUCAUGGAAGGGCUGUCAGCUUUUCUGCAUGCCUUGCGUCUCCACUGGGUGGAAUUCCAAAGCAAGUUUUACAAGGGAGAAGGGUACAUGUUUGUGCCAUUCGCAUUCGAGGCCAUCCUGGAGGCACCUAUUGCAGAAGACUAGAUAUGUACAAAAAAAUACUCCUUUUCUUUUUCAAUAAGAAAAUUAUGUUUCGACAUGGCUGUUUAAGUGCAU